AUGAAGACUAAUCUGUCUGCUGCUUCGCCUUCGAAACAGAAUUACUCGAGGGAUUCUUCAAGAGUAAGAGAAGUUGAUGAAGAGGAACCUGGAAACAGGACUAGGAGAAAGAGGGAUGAAAGUCUCAAUGGGUCAAGCAGUCUUGAGGAGCCAAGUCCUAGUAAAGUUUACCGCAUGAAGACUAAUCAGUCUGCUACUUCGACUUCAAGACAGAAUUACUUGAGGGAUUCUUCAAGAGUAAGAGAUGUUGAUGAAGAGGAACCUGGAAACAGAACCAGGACUAGGAGAAAGAGGGAUAAAAGUCUCAAUGGGUCAAGCAGUCUUAAGGAGCCAAGUCCAAGUAAAGUUUACCGCAUGAAGACCAAUCAGUCUGCUACUUCGACUUCGAGACAGAAUUACUUGAGGGAUUCUUCAAGAGUAAGAGAAGUUGAUGAAGAGGAACCUGGAAACAGAACCAGGACUAGGAGAAAGAGGGAUGAAAGUCUCAAUGGGUCAAGCAGUCUUAAGGAGCCAAGUCCAAGCAAAGUUUACCGCAUGAAGACUAUUCAGUCUGCUGCUUCGCCUUCGAGACAGAAUUACUCGAGGGAUUCUUCAAGAGUAAGAGAAGUUGAUGAAGAGGAACCUGGAAACAGAACCAGGACUAGGAGAAAGAGGGAUGAAAGUCUCAAUGGGUCAAGCAGUCUUGAGGAGCCAAGUCCUAGUAAAGUUUACCGCAUAAAGACUAAUCAGUCUGCUACUUCGACUUCGAGACAGUAUUACUUGAGGGAUUCUUCAAGAGUAAGAGAUGUUGAUGAAGAGGAACCUGGAAACAGAACCAGGACUAGGAGAAAGAUGGAUGAAAGUCUCAAUGGGUCAAGCAGUCUUGAGGAGCCAAGUCCAAGCAAAGUUUAUCGCAUAAAGACUAAUCUGUCCAAUGCUGCUUCAACUUCAAGGAAGCAUAACUCAAGGGAUUCUUCAAGGAUGAGAAGAGCUGAUGAAGAGGAACCUAGAACCAGGACCAGGAGGAAUGGAGAUGAGAGUCUUAACAGAACUAGAGGUUCGGUUUUUGUUCCAGAAACAUGCCCUGAUUCGGGAGAGGAAGAAAUGCCAGGCGUUGAAGAUGUGACGGUCCCCGAGACACAACCAGUACCCGGCGAUGUCAGUGGGGAUAAUGUGGAGUCGGAUAGUGAACCAGUGCGACCAAGACAAUCAAAUAGAUCCCGUAAAAUUGUGGAGAGUGAGAGCGAUUAUGCGAGGAGUAAUAGAAGUGGGCGCGUUACUGCUGAAAAUACUGAUACCGCAAGUUCAACAAGAGAGUCAAGGAAGUCGACAAGUUCUCAACGAAGGAGUUCUGGUAGACGGAGGGAUGGCAAGGAUGCAACUGAAAUGGAAGUGGAUGAGGUGAGUUAUAUGGAUUCCAAGCCAAGGAAUGUCCAGGAGAAUAUCGCAAAUCAAUUGGGAGGAGUAGUAAAUAAUGGGUCGAGAAGAACUGAUAAGAUGUCCUCACCACCAAUCAAGGAAAUUGCAGAGCUUAUUGAAACUCCAUCGAAGGUUCGUAAGGAACGAUUCUCCAAGAAAUCAACAUGA